AAACAGAAUAUAAACUUUGUGAAAAUGAAUUUUCGAGUUUUAACCAUCUUUAUGGUCAUUGGUUUAAUUUUAAUCUCACAAAUUGAUGCACAAAGAAAAAAAAGCUCAAGAAAAGGAAAAAAAGAUCCAUGCCAUUUGAAAGAGAUUGAUGUUUGCAUUGGUAAAGUACAAGCAUUGGGCAAAAGAAAAGAACCAAGUGUUUUGAUUGCAUCCAAUGAUGGAUUGAAUACAAUUUGCAAAGCCAUUAAACAAGAUUUAUCCAAAUGUGUCAAGAAUUUCAUCAAAAGAUGUGGCACACCAUUACAUAAAGAGGUUUCGGAUUUGAUUGUCGAUCAGAUUGAUAAUUCAAUUUCACGAUUCUGUGAUCCAAAUAAUCCACAACGUCAUAAAUUCUUGAAAGAAUCACCAUGUAUACAUAAAAAAGUAUUCAGCACAGAAAUUUAUAAACAAACUUGUAAUAAUAAUUUCUUGGCCACUGUGGAUAAAAUCGAUUCAGAAGAACAUUUGGAAGCUGAUCGUACACAUACAACAAUAUGUUGUGGUUAUAAUAAAUGGGAUGAAUGUUCGAAAAAAUUGAUCACCAAAGAAUGUGGUAAAGAUGCAUUUGAUAUUUAUGCUGAUUUUGUUGGCGAAGCAUUCGGUACAUUAACAAAAAUGAUUUGUCCAGCAAAAUUUUUUGCUGUAAAAAAAAGUAGCUGCAAAGAUGUUUUACCAAAAGAUGGUGUUAAAGCUAAAGGAAAACUUGGUGACAAUGCAUUGACCAAAUAUGUUGUAUCAUUGUUUUCAUUUUUAUUCAUUUUUGAUGAAUAAAAAUUCACACAAACACACAAAA